UGUUGGGAAGAAGACGCAUGGGAAUGUGAGUGAAAAAGUGUAGACCGCACACCGUUUUCCUUGUGCAUCGUUUAGUCUAUUCUGUUUCACUUCGAGCGUUUUUUAUCACGAUUUUCCAUUUUAAUUUGUCUUCUUGUUCAUUCAUUUGUUCUUCCGCGUGUACCAAGUACUCUCUGUGUUAGUGUGUUGUAUUAAGAGCGUUUAUCAUUGGAACCAUAGAUCGUGAGAGCUAAGCAAGCGUGAAAGUGAGCAGCCCUGUUUCGUCCUUUGUGCGUGCUUAGAUGUGUAUGUUGUGUUCAAGGUUUUAUCAAUCCCACUUCCUUCACCAGAGCUGGAGCCUGUGUUGUUGUCAGUAGCACGCUUGUACACCGAAAGGAAACCAGUUAGCCCCACGAUGGCCUAGAUGGCCCGAUAGUCGAUCGCCGUCCAAGGAGAGGAAGUUAAGGUGCGAGACCAGGACAAAGCGAUGUAAUGCGCGUUCGAACAAACGGUUUCCACUGGUUAAAGAUAACCACGAACAAAAAAACAAGAGGCGGAAUUUGUGGCUUUCCCUCAGUAGAGUUAGUCCGAUAGCUUUCGUUAGGUUUCUCUUUGUUAAGUUAUUAUUGUUUUAGGCAAAACGCGUGGAAAAGGUGAAGGAACCGGCAAUAUACAGAAGCGCAAUUCGAAUCCCGUUCCCUUCUAAGAUCACUUCUUGCCCAGUUCAGCCCCGUCAGACAGACAGACAAACAGACGACGACCGAUCUGCCUCGUCCCAGCCCCAAGCUUCCCUUUCGUUUCGUAUCGCCUAGCGCGCGACAUGGAAACAUGAUGAAUGUCCUGAUCGGAAGCUAUGAAUGAAAGAACGAAAGAGAAAGAGAGUAAAGAGAGAAGAAGAGAGCCGAUAGUAUUAAUUAGGAUAUUGCAUAAUGCGUAAUGUAUUUGUAUUGAAACUGCAUUGUUUUUUUUCUUUUAAAGAUUAAUUAUUAUAUUAUAUUAUUCGUUCGUAAGUGUGAUAUGAAUGCAGCUGGCAAGCAUACGCGAACAUACGGCUACCCGAAGCAGGCGGAUGAUCUUAUAAAGGAAAAGCACUGAACACA